AUGCAAUCCAAGCAGCAGCAGCAGCGGCAGCAGCAGCAACAGCAGCAGAAACAGCAGCAGCAGCGGCAGGAUAGGCAACAACAACAGCAGCAAAAAGGAGAACAGCAGCAGCAUCAGCAGCAGCAACAGCAGGAACAGCAGCAGCAGCAGCAGCAGCGGGUAGAUGGAGAUGCGUGCUGCAGCACCGAUAGAAACAUCAGCGAGGGUUUGUACGAUCAGCAGCUGCCUGUACACCCCAAAGGGCGUUGGGAGAUGCCAGAAGUUUCAGAGCAGACAUUUAAAAUAACAAAAAAAGCAGCAGCAGCAACAGCAGCAGCACCAGCAGCAGCAGCAACACCGACACCAGCAGCAACACCAACACCAACAGCAACACCAACAACAGCAGCAGCAGCAGCAGCAGCAGCAAAUGUGUUUGUCUGCUGCAGGGUGAUUUUAUAUCGGUUGGAGGUUCCCGAAGAGAUUUGUUUAUUUGCUCUUUUUUAUGUUUUUUAUAAAACUCCUAUUAACAACAGCAGCAGCAGACAUCACAAUCUCACAAUGCAGCAGCAGCAGCAGCACGAGAUGCAGCAGCAGCAGCAGCAACAACAACAACAGGAGAUGCAGCUGCAGCAAUAUGAUCAGGUGAAAGAGCAGAUACAGCAGCAGGACCUGCAGCAGCAGCAGCAGCAGCAGCAGCAGCAAGAGGAGGCGUUUGUUUUUAGCAGUUUGUUGGGGUCUCCUCCCUGGGCUUCUCCCGUGUUGCAGAGACACCGCAAAACUUUUCAGCUGUCUCUUCACCAGCUCGCAGCAAUUAAACACAAAAUCAUGCAGCAAACCCAGCAGCAGCAGCAGCAGCAGCAGGAGUAG